GCAGCUGUCACCGGUAAGGCGAGCACCGCGCACGGGGGAUGGCGCCCAGCGCCCAUUGGACAGAAUAUAAAGGCUGAAACCUACCCCCGAAGACUGGGAGCCCGGCGGGGCGGCGGCGGGGGACGCGCGCCGCGGCCCCCAGCUCCUUUAUCCAGGAGAUACUGGGCCCCGCGGCGCGGGCAUGACCGAGGUUCAGCUUCAGGGACACGCCCGUUACGCCUCGUUGAAAACGAUCAGGUGAGCCUGGCCGAGGCGGACGUGACUCCUGGAACCCCGGCUCCAGUGCGUCCCAGCUGGCGCCGCGACGUCCACCUGCCCAGCAACCGGGAACAGCUGGUCGGUGGGAGGGGGAGGCCCCGGCUCCCCUGAGGGACCGGACUGACCAUGGCGCUGGCCGCGGCCGCAGCCGCUGCGGCCGCCGGGGUGAGCCAGGCGGCAGUGCUGGGCUUUCUGCAGGAGAACGGCGGAAAGGUGCGCGACUCUGAGCUGCGGAGCCGCUUCAAGCCGCUGCUGGAUGCCGGCGACCCACGCGGCCGCGCCGCCCGCAGGGACCGUUUCAAGCAGUUUGUCAACGACGUGGCCGUGGUGAAGGAGCUCGACGGCGUCAAAUUUGUGGUGCUGAGGAAGAAGCCGCGGCCCCGGGAGGGACCAGAGUCCCUUCCCUCCUGCUUCCUGAGCACCCCGGUGGCAUCAGCCCCGCCGUCGAAGAUCACCUCCGUCUCACAGGGGGAAACCGCUGCUUCGGGGGCUCCAUCCUUGGCCUCGGCGCAGAGGGCAGUGGAACCACCUGAGGACCCGGCUCCGCCAUCAGAGCCACAGGACACCCCCGGGGCUCCGGCCUCUGAGCCCACUCAGCUGACUAAGGAGCUGCUGUUAGUCCCAGCCCGGCAGUCAGGGAUGCCCUCGGAGCCCCAGAUUACAGCCUUUGAGCUGGCCCAGCCCUCCGAGGGACUCUCUGCAGACGUGGCCCCACCGUCCAUGGCACCGUCGGAGGCAGCUUUGCCCCAUGCAGAACCGCCAGACCCGGAACCUGCGCCUGGGCUGACAAAAGGGCCGCCACCACCCGCUCCGCGCGCGCUGCCUCAAAAGCCCUGCAUGCUGCCCGUGCGCUGCGUCCCGGGCCCCGCGGCGCUCCGGAUCCGGGCGGAGGAGCAGGGCCUGCGUCGGCAGCUGUCGGAGGAGCCCAGCCCACGUAGCUCCCCGCUGCUGCUGCGGCGGCUCUCAGUUGAGGAGUCCGGCCUGGGCCUCAGCCUGGGCCCCGGCCGCUCCCCGCACCUGAGGCGCCUGUCGCGCGCCGGCCCUCGCCUGCUGAGCCCGGACACCGAGGAGGUGCCCGCCGCACCGCCGCCGUCCGCCGUACCCCUGGAGCCGGCCGAACACGAGUGGCUAGUGCGGGCUGCCGGGGGCCGUUGGACCCACCAGCUGCACGGGCUGCUGCUACGCGACCUCGGCCUGGCGGCCAAACGCGACUUCAUGUCUGGUUUCACGGCCCUGCAUUGGGCCGCCAAGAGUGGCGACCUCGAGAUGGUGCAGCAGCUGGUGGAGAUCGCGCGGCGUGGAGGCGCGCGGGUCGACGUGAACGCGCGCUCACACGGCGGCUACACGCCGCUGCACCUGGCGGCUCUGCAUGGCCAUGAGGAUGCAGCGGUGCUGCUGGUGGUCCGCCUGGGUGCGCAGGUGCAGGUGCGUGACCACAGCGGGCGGCGCGCUUACCAGUACCUGCCGUCUGGCGCCUCGUACGCGCUUCGCCGCCUACUUGGCGACCCCAUCCUGCGAAGCUCUACCGAGCCCGAUGCGACCGCUGGUGGUAGUGGCAGUUUUGCGGCCCGGCGCCCGGUGCAGGUGGCCGCCACCAUCCUCAGUUCCACCACCAGCGCGUUUCUGGGCGUCCUGGCCGACGACCUGAUGCUCCAGGAUCUGGCUCGAGGCAUGAGGAAGUCAGGCUCCUUAAGCAAAUUCUUGGGUGCCUCGCCCACGGCUCCUCGUAAAAAGACAAAAACCCGCAGUAGUCUGCAGGUCUUUUCAGAAAUCUCCCGUCGACCCAUUCCGGGGCCCUUGGCUGGUCUAGCGCCCAGCCUACCCCCAGCAACCUGACGGUUCCUGAGGCUACGGCUGAGUUGCUCUAAUCGGGCCUGCCUCUCACAGUCUAAGCCUGCCCAAGACAGCAGUCCAAAACCUUCGGCUCCAUCUUGUUUCCAACUUUGUCCACUGCAGCCUGUUUCACCCAAGUGGGCCUACGCCUCCAGCUUCUGUCUGAAGCUUGAUCUUUCUCCAGAGAUGGGAUUCAAGAUCUCAGUGCGAGCCUCCUAUGAAGAACUACAGAAGUCAGGAUUGAACUUUGGAGGAAAUUUGAAAUUUAGGAUCAAAGGUUAAGGGGCAGCAGCUGGUCUGGCCCCUGAAUGAUUUAACCCGAUGCCUCUGCAUCUAUGUACUCCCAAGCCAGAAUUAGAGCUCUGUGUGAUGAUGGGUUGUCAGCUUUAAGAUAUGUAGUGCUUUUGUAAUUUGAUGCUUUUAUCCUGUUUUUAAAUUGAAAUGAGGUAAAACAACUUUCAUAAAAAAAACCUUUUCAAAGUAUAUUUUUCCAAAAUGCUCAGACAUUUUCAAUCUUUUGCUAAAUAUUUUGGAAUUCUAUUAAAAAAAAAAAGAUGAUCAAGAUCUAAAGGAAAUUAGUCCCAACCAACAAAACCCUUGAAUGGUUAUCUACCUCAUUUUAGGCAAUCAAGAUUCCAGAGAGUCUUGAAUACAGAAUGUGACCAUUGUGAAUGUAAUUAAUUUCAGUUGUACUGAGAAUGCUAAAUAUUAGGAAACAAGUACAUCUUGGGAGAAAGUGAUUUAACAACGAGAGAAAAGAAAAGAGACACUUUGGCAAAUACUUUUAAUUUGUGGUUGUCUUUAUGGUGAAAUAUAAACGUGUGUCUUUGGCACUGGUGGCUGGCUACUUUGAUAUGGCAUGAAUAUUUAAUUUUUUAAAGUGUGAUUUAUUUGUGAAUUGCACCAUUGUGCCAUGUUUCUGAAUCUGUGGCUUUCAAAUCCAGCUGAGCCUUUCAGUGCAGAAAGUGAACAUUCAAAGAAAAAAAUGUCAUAGCAUAACACUAGAAAAAUCACUGGUUAAAUAGUAACAGAUACAAUUAAGGAGCAACUAUUUUAUAUGAAAGUUCUGUACAAGCAAAAGGUACGUGAUAUCCAUUUUAAAAAGCCAUCUGAAAGCAAACAACUUAUUCCAAAAUAGCAAAUGCAGAAUCUCUUUGCUCAGUGACCUUAGAGAGGGGUGGCUUGAUUCAUCUGUAUCUUUGCUCCUAUUUGUAAUUGAGAAGGGUUUAAGUAUUGCCAAGAUUUCUCAGGUUCAACACAGUGUAAUUAAAAUGGCUCUUUUCCCAUUUUAAAGAUGUGGAAUCUAUUUGCUCAACCAACCUUUUUAUAUCAUAUUGUAAUAAUGCUCUGCUUUUGCAAAUUGGGUUUGCAUGUCAUUAGUUAUGCCAAAUAGUUUUUGGGGCACAGGGUACUGGAGUUCCCCUCCCAUAUGUGUAUCAGUGAGGCCUCUGAAAUUAUUUAAGGCAGUCUUUCAUGGAAUGUUUUGAUUUAAGCAAUGAAAUAAAG